AUGGCAACCGUGGAGGUUGAUGGUAUCCUUGACAGCCUUGCCCAAGGGUAUGAUGAAUCCCAGUUUCAAAUGCCUCCUGAUUGCUCAUCGGGGCAGGCCACUAUCAAGAGUCAUAUAACGAAUAUGAAUGAGAAUUUGACUUCUGAGCACCUUAACAACACAUUCGGGUCAUCUUGGCUUUCUGAUUUACUGGAAGCCGAUCUCUUUACGACCUACCAACCAAGUCUUGAGAUGAACCUUGACUAUAUCUGCCCCGAUACCAACAAAGAACCGCUGAGGGAGGCAACGAGUGGGCCAUUGACUCUUCCUGAACAGGAGAGUAGCCCAUCGGAUCAACAAACCCCCAGCAAGAGUAUUUCACUUCCUGCUCCCGACGUUCAACUUCGAUCAGCAUCGCGUGAUUCAAAGAAUCGCAAGCGUCGUGGCGCAGCUCCCAGCAACCAAGCACACGCCCGAGCAAGCCAUAACCUUGUCGAGAAACAUUACCGUGCCCGACUCAAGACGCAAUUUGAAAGGCUUCUCGCAGUUCUGCCAGCGGCGCAGGCACUUAGCCUUGCUGACAGGGAUACGGCAGCCAACCUUGGCCAGGUUCUUAGCAGAGGGCAAGUAUUGGAUAUGGCAAGGAAUCACAUCCUCGAGUUAGAAGGAAAGCUUGAGGUUAUACUGAAUAAGAGAAGGGGCGGCUAUUAUAAUGUUGACUUUGUUAGCCAUCGAGGAUUAGAAGACGAUAGAUACCAAUUGCUUGCUUUAAUAAAUACUAGUUCAACGGAGCCCAUUCCCAGCCACCAGUCUAACAGCAAUCGUAUAACCCAAGUAUUUAAGGCGUCCACGUCGGCUGUCGGCCAAGCCCGAAUAUUUCUGUGGACUCAGGAUAAACAAGUGAGUUGUCCACCGGCCAAUACGAGGUCACUUACCUUCCAUCUCAAAGCUAAAGACAAACGCAUCGUGUUCAUGACAACAAGUAUUUACAGUGAGGCUGCAGCCUUGCAGACCUUGAUAGAAGCGAACCUGCGGGUGUUAUACCCAAUGCACCAAAUGGAGGUCGUGACAUACAAGGACGGCGGCGGUCAGAUAUACGCAUGCGUAGUCGGGGUGCCGAGUCACCGUGAGUGGUACGUGGGAGAGAUCGAGAUUCUGCACAAGGGCGAGCCUGGAAAUCCGCCAUUGGGUUUCAAGCACUCGCUGGAGAGUGUUUUCCGCGAAACUCAGGACUUAUUGGGGGCUCAACUACAAAGACAAUGUCGCACGGGGAGAUGA